AUUAAUUAUUCCCCACACAAAAAUGGGUCUUCGCAUGGAACCAAAAUCCGUCUGGACCGCAGGAUUUGAAAUCGUUCCAUUCCAGGAGGACAUGGAGGAAUCAGGGCCAGCUUUCAAGAAUCUUCGCAGCAGAGAGUAUGAAGGUCACAAAGAAGAAGGUACAUUCUCUGGCAUGGAAUUGCACGGCCAUGAAGCUUGCUUUCGGUUCUGUCGAUCAAACUGCUCGAGUUUCGCAUAUUGAGCAUCACGAACAUAUCAGCUAUGCUGGGACCAUAAACAUUCUGAUCUUAUAGCGACUGCAUCUGGAGACAAGGCUGUUUUUCUAUAGGAUGCCCGUAAUGGGAAAUUCUCACAGCAAGAUGAGCUCAGUGGUGGAAAAUAUCAAUAUCAAUAUCACCUACAAACCUGAUGGCACGCACAUAGCUGUUGGGAAUAGCGAUGAUGAACUUACAAUUCUGGAUGUUAGGAAGUUUAAACCAGUUCACAAGCGCAAGUUCAAUUAUGAGCCGAAUGUCCAAAUGGGACGAACAGUUCACCAGAUUCCUUGUCGGGGUGCGACGAACAGUGUGGAGUGGAAUCCAAAGCAUAAUUUUAACUUGCUCUUAUGGCUGGCGAUGACAAGAACAAGUAUCAGGCUGAUGAAGGUAUUUUUAGGAUCUUUGUGCUGGAAGUGCAUGAUUAAUAGAUGACUAUUUAGAGUAAAACCGAAUAGAGAUAUAUAUGGUAGAUAUUUAUAUAUAUAUAGAAGGUGAUUAUAUGUGCUUAUAUGUGUUAAACGGUAUAUAUAGUAGCAAACUGAAACCAUAUAUAUAUAUAUAUAUAUAUAUCAGUGCUUUGAAUAUGUAUUUACUCUCUUCUAUGUAUUCUCUUGUAUUGUAUUAUACCUGUUCUUUAUGAUCAUCUUAAAAACCUUAGCCAAUAUUUCAUUUACGUUUUCUCUCACAUGUUCUUUAUGUUCAUCUAGAUCGUGGGUGCGUUAUUGAUCCUAACAAACUGUCUUCUCCUAACAAACUUUCUUUUUUGGCAGAAUUCCCCAUAUUGAUGGUCAAAUUUUCCAAGGGUCGGUUUGAAAUGUCUUUUUUUUUUUCAAGUGUUCAGAACCCAUUCCAAACAGACCUUAAAAACUAAACGACAUGAAAAGGGUCCAAAGGAACUAGUCUCUUCAAUACCAUAACAACAGAUAAACAAGCACUGGUCUCUCCAGUAAAAAGUAUCUAUAUGUCAUCAAAAUCUAAGAUCUUUCUAUUGAAGAUGUGAAGAAUUACAGUUACUAAUCCGAACGGGAGCUUCUAGAAAGAAAAUUAUGAAUAGACAUUAAGCCAUAAAAGUUACUAAAUAUGGCCAACUUCCUAAUCAUGCCUACAACACAAC